CGUAUUUCGAUUGUUGUUGCUGCGGUAAUGGGAAUAAUUUUUGUCUUUUUACCUUUAUUUUAAACUCCCUUUGGAUCACAUAUAGGUAAAAUUAAAAAAAGGAAAAAAAGAUAUAGGACUAAUUUCGCUGAAUUAAAUACGGAAAGAAUACCAAGGAGAUUUAUAAAACGUACGUAUAGGAAUUCUGAAAGAAGGAGAUUUAGUGUAGUAAAUAUAGAAUAA